GCGCGCUCCCCACAGCCUCCGGGCCGCCAUUUUGCCUGGAAAGUUUGGGAUAUCCGAGCAGUGCGAGCGGGAGGCGGUGGGAGCGCCACGACCCUGCCUGCCCCGGUACCGGCACCUUCUGCCCCGUUCGUCCCGUCCCAGCGGAGCGCGGCGGGCGCGCCCCGAGCGGAGAGAGGGGGGCCGGAGCGGGGCCGGCAGGGGGAGCCGCGCUGCUCCCCCCCUUCCCUCGUGCCCCGCCCGGCAGGGGGCGCCGCCCCCCCCCCCCAGCUGCUCCGCAACGAGUCCCGCGCAAAGUUGGCGCGCGGCGCCGGCCAUGCCCGUCCGGAAGCAAGAUACGCAGCGCGCCCUGCGCCUCCUGGAGGAAUAUCGCUCCAAGCUGAGCCAGGCGGAGGACCGGCAGCUGCGGAGCUCCAUCGAGCGCGUCAUCGGCAUCUUCCAGAGUAACCUGUUCCAGGCUUUGAUAGAUAUUCAAGAAUUUUAUGAAGUGACCUUAUUGGACAAUCCAAAAUGUAUUGAUCACUCUCAGCCAUCUGAGCCAAUACAGCCUGUGAAUACCUGGGAUUUCUCCAGCCUUCCAAGCACAACAGUGACAUCAGAAACACUGCCGAGCAGCCUUAGCCCAAGUGUAGAGAAAUACCGCUACCAGGAUGAAGAUACACCUCCACAGGAGCACAGCUCUCCGCACAUUAGCAAUGAAGUGACAGGUCCAGAGCUGGUUCAUGUAUCAGAGAAGAAUCUGUCACAGAUUGAGAACGUCCAUGGAUUUGUUUCCCAUUCUCACAUUUCACCAGUCAAGCCCACAGAAGCUGUUCCUUCCUCUUCUCCCAUUGUCCCUGUGAUCCCUGUCCCACCAGUCCCCGCUGAGACCACUGUCAUCCCAUCCACCAUACCACAGGCAAAUCCCCCUCCAGUGCUGGUGAAUACAGAUUCUUUGGACACUCCAACAUACGUCAAUGGCACGGAUGCAGAUUACGAGUAUGAAGAAAUUACUCUUGAAAGGGGGAAUUCAGGACUUGGCUUUAGCAUUGCAGGUGGUACGGACAACCCACACAUUGGGGAUGAUUCAAGUAUUUUCAUUACGAAAAUUAUUGCUGGGGGUGCAGCUGCACAGGAUGGAAGAUUACGGGUUAAUGAUUGUAUUCUGCGAGUAAAUGAGGUGGAUGUUCGCGAUGUGACACACAGCAAAGCAGUCGAAGCAUUGAAAGAAGCAGGAUCAAUUGUACGAUUGUAUGUCAAAAGAAGAAAACCAGUCACAGAAAAAAUAGUGGAAAUCAAACUUGUAAAAGGCCCUAAAGGUCUCGGUUUCAGUAUUGCUGGUGGUGUAGGGAAUCAACAUAUACCUGGAGACAACAGCAUCUAUGUAACCAAAAUCAUUGAAGGUGGGGCAGCACAUAAAGAUGGCAAACUUCAGAUUGGAGACAAACUUUUAGCUGUGAACAGCGUUUGCUUAGAAGAAGUUACUCAUGAAGAAGCAGUGACUGCUUUAAAAAAUACAUCUGACUUUGUUUAUCUGAAAGUUGCAAAGCCCACCAGCAUGUUCAUGAAUGACAGUUAUGCUCCUCCUGACAUCACAAACUCUUAUUCUCAGCCAGUGGAUAACCAUAUCACGCCAUCUGCCUACUUGGGACAGUCCUUGCCCCCAGCAUCACCGGGGCGAUACUCACCAAUUCCCAAGGGAAUGCUUGGAGAUGAUGAGAUUACCAGGGAGCCUAGAAAGGUUGUCCUGCAUCGAGGAUCAACAGGUCUUGGAUUCAACAUUGUUGGAGGAGAAGAUGGAGAAGGAAUUUUCAUCUCUUUCAUACUUGCAGGCGGGCCCGCUGACCUGAGUGGAGAGCUUAGGAAAGGAGAUCGUAUAAUUUCUGUAAAUGGAGUAGAUCUAAAAGCAGCAACCCAUGAACAGGCAGCGGCAGCACUGAAGAAUGCAGGCCAAGCAGUAACGAUUGUAGCUCAGUACCGUCCGGAAGAAUACAGUCGUUUUGAAGCUAAAAUCCAUGAUUUACGGGAGCAGAUGAUGAACAGUAGCAUUAGUUCAGGGUCAGGAUCUUUGCGAACCAGCCAGAAGAGAUCCCUAUAUGUCAGAGCUCUUUUUGAUUAUGACAAGACUAAAGAUAGCGGCCUUCCAAGUCAAGGAUUGAACUUCAAAUUUGGUGAUAUUCUCCAUGUCAUUAAUGCUUCUGAUGAUGAAUGGUGGCAAGCACGGCAGGUAACUCCAGAUGGAGAAAGUGAUGAAAUUGGAGUUAUCCCAAGCAAACGCAGAGUCGAGAAAAAAGAACGAGCCCGUUUAAAGACAGUGAAAUUCAAUUCCAAAACAAGAGGAGAUAAAGGGCAGUCAUUCAAUGACAAGCGUAAAAAGAACCUCUUUUCCCGAAAAUUUCCCUUCUACAAGAACAAGGACCAGAGUGAGCAGGAAACCAGUGAUAUUGACCAGCAUGUAACCUCAAAUGCCAGCGAUAGUGAAAGUAGUUACCUUAUCUUGAUUACAGAUGAGUACGGUUGUUCAAAAGGUGGCCAAGAGGAAUAUGUCUUGUCAUAUGAACCAGUCAAUCAACAAGAAGUCAGUUACACUCGACCUGUGAUUGUUUUGGGACCCAUGAAAGACAGAAUAAAUGAUGAUCUGAUCUCAGAAUUUCCAGACAAGUUUGGCUCCUGUGUUCCGCAUACAACUAGACCAAAACGAGAUUAUGAGGUGGAUGGACGUGAUUACCAUUUUGUCACUUCUCGAGAGCAAAUGGAGAAGGAUAUUCAGGAUCACAAAUUCAUUGAAGCUGGCCAGUACAAUAAUCAUCUUUAUGGAACAAGUGUCCAGUCAGUGCGAGAAGUAGCAGAAAAGGGUAAACAUUGCAUUCUUGAUGUUUCUGGUAAUGCGAUCAAAAGGUUGCAGAUUGCCCAGCUGUACCCAAUCUCCAUUUUUAUUAAACCCAAAACAGUGGAAAAUAUCAUGGAAAUGAAUAAACGCUUAACAGAAGAGCAAGCCAGGAAGACAUUUGAGAGAGCCAUGAAACUGGAGCAAGAAUUUACUGAACACUUCACAGCUAUUGUCCAAGGAGACACACUGGAAGAAAUCUACAACCAAGUGAAACAGAUCAUUGAGGAACAGUCUGGGCCUUACAUCUGGGUUCCAGCAAAGGAAAAAUUAUGAAAACAGAUCUUUCUUUUUCAUUUUCUAACUGACAUCACCUAUUACAUCGGAUGACUCUUAAGCCCUUCCAGUGGAGCCUGCCUCUAGUUCUUUCCAGCGUGGUUCAUACCCUGUCCAUCGCGUUCUGCAGUUCCCAUAAUGCUUUACAUUUGGUGUCUCUCUUAGUUUAAAUAAUUUGUAUUAUCGUGUGUUGUUGGUUUGCCAUUUUUCAAACAUGACAGUGGAAUGGCCUGACCAGCUAUUAGUUUGGGGUGGGGGUGGGAGGGAAUUGCUUGGUAAAAUUCCUUAAUGUUUAAGGGAAAGUAACUUUCAAAGAUUUUUCAAAAAAGGUUUAUAGACAUACUUUUAAAAUUUCGUACCAAUUGAAAGAAGAGUUGUAUUCGAGGAAAUUGUAAAUUGUGAGUAACUUUGCACGCUUAACUUGAAUAGCAUGGUUUGGUCAGGGCAAUCAAUUUCAGGUUUUAUUUUCUGAGUUAAAUUCUAUUCUCACAGUAUUUUUUUUCCAGGCAGUUAGAGAGAGAAACUUUCAAAUUUUGAGUUAACAUUUUCAUCAACUCCCAUUACUUCUUCUCAAGGGAUAUUCAUUUUCAUAAUUUCAUAUGGAUAUUCUUACAAUCUAUUUUUUCAUUUUUUGCCAAUAAAAUUGCUAGGGACGAAUAUGUGUAAUGUUUUUAAUCUUCCUCAUGAAACACUAUUUAUAGUGUCUUACAGAAAUUGUUUAUAGAUAAUGUCAUCACAGUUUUUGAGCCUAAAAUAUAUUUAGGUGCUAGGAAACCUUGUAUUUUUCAGAGGAAUGCCAAAUUUCCAUUGGCAGUGAUACAGAAAACAGCUGCAGAGAUGGUCAUUAGGGCAAUGAGAGAGCGACUCGUAGCCUAAAAUGUGUGUGUUCUUAGGAGUCAGAUUUUAAUGACUAUUUUACCCACAAUAACUGCCUAUUUUGUUAUAAUAAAUAUAUAUAUAUUAAACUUUCUUUAACUAAACUCUGUAACUAUGGGAAUUAUUUUCUUUACAUAGUUGCGCACACGUAUAAAUAUAUAUAUAUAAAAUAUAUAUUUUUCUUUUA